AUGGCGAAAAAGAAAACGUCAAAGGAUGACAGAGCACAACCUCAUGUCGACGGUGUUCGACCAGAGUCACUACCACCAAUGAUACGACAGCUUACAGGGCUUUGGUUAAAUGAACAAGAAGUGAAGGAUAUAUGUCAGCAAUUCCAGGAAUCAUGUGUCCCAAACCGACAGGUCUUAUGGACCGGCAUGUAUCGUCAACAAGCCCAGAAAUGGGCCGAUCAACACAACUACCAGACAUUAACAACUGCAUUGGGACAACUUAUUAGCCCCUCAGACUCAAGUCUUCAUCAGAAAUCCAAGGAUACCGCCGGGUCUCCAAGAUAUCUUCAUGGGGCUUCUGUCAUUUUUGCUUGGUACAUCUCCCAGGGAGAUGUAGUGACUGUCCUAUCCCAGCCUCCGCCUCAGCGAUUCAACCCAAGCGGGCGGACGUAUUAUCAGACGGUUGAGGAGCCAAUCAUCAAAGGUCAAUUGGGUAACAGAGCUGUUACGAAGAUAAUAGUUGUUCAUCCCACCGUGAAAGGAAAAGCCUGUGAGUUCAUGUAUGAGAUUUGGCCACACGAUGAAGUCUCUUUAUGGACGAAAAGAUACAAAAUACCUAUAAUUACCAUACGAUGGCGUGUGACUAAGAAAGAAAAAGACUUGAAACAUAUGCAACUCCUCAAGGCACGAACCGAACUGAACGUGGCGUCAAAGGACAAACAGCUGUCCAAGAGUAGCAGUCCGCAAAAACCACCCAAGAAGAAGAAGAAGAAGAAUACUGUCAGUGCUGGUGUUGGAAGUCAAGACAUUGUGAAACACCCAACCACUGCCAAGGGAACUAUCAAGAGUCAGUCGCAGGCAGUUUUGCCUCCAGCGAUGGCGACGACGAAAGCUAUAAGAGAAGGGGGGAAGAAGAAGAAAAAGAAGCCUAAGAAAAAGGACGAGAGCCACAAACCAACGGUGCAGGUUUCCACGGUCAAAACUCAAAAGAAGAAGGUGUCAACGAAUGAGCCAGGUCAAAAGCUCAGAAGUCGCAGGUUUCUUGGGAAGCGCUCAUAA